CUCUAUUUGAUCGUAUGCCAGGAAGUUCUAGAGAACUACUGAGAUAAUUAUUUCCUUAUUUCAUGGAAAAUAAAAUAAAACUUGGUUUCUACAAUUUGUUACCACAACAUGAAUAAUUCGUCACAAUGCAAUUGUAUAUUUAUUUAAAUUUAAGUUAAUGACAGAGUUUUUUCUUCACUCGUGCAGAAAAUUAAAAUAACAGGAUAAUGAUAUGAUUAGUUAAUCAACCAAGUGGGUUUAUGAAGUUGACGUAAGAAAGAAGCAAAAAGAAAAAUGCAGAAAUGAAAGAACACAAGUCACUCUGUCUGUGGAUACACAUUCCCUCCAAGAGAAGAAGCGUUUUACAAGAGUGAAGGAAUGAGUUAAAAAUAAAAUAUCUGAAAGAGAUAGAAUAGUGACGGGGUUAUGAGUUUUCUCGUGAUACCUUUCAAGUUCAGUUCUCGCGGGACCGUCAACCUCGCUGUUACUCGCGUGUUACAUUAUACAUAAACAUUUUACUUAAAAUGCUGACGAUUAACAUUUUGUGAAUGUAAAAAUAUAUAAUAUUCCUUUCUUAGUAAAUAAUAAAUUUAUAAAUAUUGAUAGCUUAAUAAAUAAGAAUUAAAAUGAUGCUAUUCGUGAUCUGGAUAUUCUUUUUAAGUACUUCAAUCACUCAACAAACCACUUUUUUCCGGACAUUUGAAUGUAUCAACAAUCAGUGCCAACGCACGAGCCAGCCAAUCUCGAUCAUUGACCCAGGACAGUUAAGGCUCAAAGGUCAUCACACAACAUUAGCAGCAUGCCGCUUAGUUUGUGGUUCACUUGGAGGUCUUUGGCCAGUACCCACAGGACCUGUUAAUAUUGGAAAAAAUUAUGUAUCAACUCAUCCAAAUGAGAUUCGUUUUGACUUGAAAGACAUUCCCCCAUCAACUAAGCCUUUUUUAUCUGAAAUCUUAGAUAUUUUUGUAGGAAAUUUACGAUGGAUGUGUGGGGAGAAAUGUGAAAGAUCCAGUUCUACGGUCAUAGUUCAUCUUAAAAUUAGUUCUGAAGAUCUAAACCUUGACUGGAAUACCAAUGAAGAAUAUACUCUUCAAAUAUUUACAAAAGAAGGAAAAAUCGAUGUUAUUGUGACGGCAUCCACAGUAUACGGAGCUCGUCAUGCUCUAGAGACUCUCUCUCAGCUUUUCGCACCGGUCAUUGAAUCCAGUCAUGCUACAGGAAUGGUCGUGAUUGACCAAGCGAAGAUCCAGGAUAAACCUAUUUUUCCACAUCGAGGGCUUUUAAUCGAUACUGCUCGGAAUUUCCUGCCAGUUUCGGCUAUCUUGAGAACAAUUGAUGGUCUUGCAGCUACAAAAAUGAACGUUCUUCAUUGGCAUGCUACUGAUACUCAGAGUUUUCCACUUCAAAUCAAGAGUAGACCUCUUAUGGCCCAGUAUGGAGCUUAUUCUCUUGAUAUGAUUUAUACUCCUGAAGAUGUUGAUCACAUUGUUACAUACGCCAAAUAUAGGGGUGUAAGAGUAAUACUGGAACUUGACUCUCCAUCUCAUGCUAGUGCUGGAUGGGAGUGGGGUGAGUCUGCUGGAUUAGGAGCUCUCGCUGUCUGCAUGCAUCAAGAGCCUUGGCGAGAUUAUUGUAUUCAACCACCUUGCGGCCAACUUAAUCCAGUUAAUCCAAAGACAAUAGAUGUCCUAAGAGAUAUUUACAGAGAUAUGUUAUCACUUGUAGGAAUGAACAAUAUUCUUCAUCUAGGAGGAGAUGAAGUAUUUAUUAAUUGUUGGAAUACAACAGCAGAAAUAAUAUCAGCUUUGAAAGAACGUGGAAUGGGAAGAGAAAUGAGUGAUUUCUUACAACUUUGGGGUGAAUUUCAUACGAAACAAAUAGAAAUCCUCGAUGAAAUAAAAGAAGGCAAAAAAGAUUAUGCUAUACUUUGGAGUUCAGCACUAACAGCUCCAGAUGAAAUAGAAAAAUAUCUCGAUAAAAAUAGAUUUAUCAUCCAAACCUGGGUGGAAUCGUCAAAUGAAUUAGCUGAUGAACUUUUAGAUCGUGGAUAUAAAUUAAUCAUUUCUACAAAAAAUGCAUGGUAUUUAGAUCAUGGAUUUUGGGGUACUACUAAAUAUCAUUCUUGGAGAAACGCUUAUGAUAAUAGAAUUCCCAGAAGAGAAGGUGUUCUUGGAGGUGAAGUCUGUAUGUGGGGAGAAUACGUGAAUGAAGGGGGAUUGGAUUCACGAGUAUGGCCAAGAGCAGCAGCAGUUGGUGAACGGUUAUGGAGUGAUUCACAUACCUUAAAAACCCGAGAUGCUGAACCACGUCUUCAAAGCCAUAGAGAAAGACUGCAACUUCGACAAAUUCAUGCUGAUGCUAUGUCUCCGACUUGGUGUGCACAGCAUGCGACGAAAUGUUUUUAAUUUAUUACUAAUAGAACAACUGUUCCAACAAAUUAAAUAUACCACAAUGUGUUAACUAUGUUUAAACAACAUAUUCAAUGUGAUAAUCAAUGCAUUAAUUCUGUAAAUAUUGUAAUUUUUUCUAAAUUGGUUAAUAAAAAAUAUUUUAGACUUUCUA